AUGAUCCAACAAUGUGAAGUGAUACCAGUAACUAAAGAAAAAGCCUCACUAAAUGUUGUAGUUAAGUUUCAUAACACAGUUCAACAUGGAUUCUAUGAUAUCGCAAUAAAGAUAACUCGAAGAGGCUAUCGAUCGAUUAUGAGUGGUAAUUAUGUUGACAUGUGCAAGUAUCUCGAUGGAACAAUAACAAAUGCAGCUCUUACUUAUGGUCUUAAUUUAGUACGAAAGAAAUUUCCCAAAGGAACUUUGCAUCCAUGUCCAUAUGCUGGAACUUUGGAGUUCAAAAAUAUUAUGUUAGAUCCUUCAGAAGGAAAGACAAAAUUUCCAGCAGCAUCAUAUCGAGUUAUGAUAAAAUUUCAUAAUGCUGAAGACGAAAAUAUUGCAACAAUUACAUUUCUCUCUAUAGCAAAGGAUCAAAACCUUUAUCAAGUACAUGAUGUGAUGACACCUCAUUCAGUUACGAUCCCUGAUUAA